GAAGAAGGCGAAAUGUUGACAAAACGCGAGCUUUUCAGGGUCCUAGUUAGUUAGUCGUUCGCGUCACGUAUCGCGGAACCAGUCAUGUGACGCUGUUCGGAUCUUAAUUUCGACCCCCUCCUUACGGUCAUUAGCCCUCUCAUCCAUUGUCAGAAGGAUUGCACCACGCUGUCCUCAAUUUCGCAAAAUGCAAAAGAGAGGGGGCGAGUGUAAUUCGGCCCAAAAUUGCCGUCUUGUAACCAGCUCCGUUAAUUUCGGUAGCCGGUCACGUGACGUUGUCGUUUUAGGAUCGUUAACGGUGCUGCGGGGGCCACGGAUACGCCCUAGAGAAUCGAAAAACGCUUCCGUGUCGUUUGGCAUUGAAGUGUUCCUGCCUUUUGUGGCGAGAGAAAUGCUGGCUUUGUUUGUAAAUCAAGGAGAAUUAUUUUCUGUUCGCGAUCACGUGAUCCGUAGGUGUAGACGUUCGCUUGGGUUUAUCAGUUUCACUUGCAUCAAUACUUCCUCGAACUUCCAGAAUGAGUCGAGUUACCGAAUGUGGUUCUUUUCGAUCUACGCGUAAUCGUGUGACAUCUUAGAAAAGUGUAUCUUAUCACGUGAACGGAUGUCUUGAUUCCGUCACGUGACUUCCGUCCAAUCGAGAAGAAUAGAAGGACGUACGACACUUUCUCCUCGUCUGUUUGCAAGCAGCCAGUCAUGCAGGUGGAGGCGAGUAGGGAACAGCCUCGACUAGAUAAUUUGGCGUUGGUGUCCACGUUCCCAGCGGAUUACCUCCCCUACGCUAACAGAAGCAAGAGACCCGAGACUCCUAGCUGCACUUGCUACUGGAAAUACAAGAGGAAGGCUCUAUGGCUAUGCAAGUGUUGUACCCCUUCUUCCGCAGCAACCGUAGUAGCCAUUGUCUUCACAGCUUUGGCAUUCUUGACCGCUUUGGGCAUUUCUGUAUAUUUUGGAGUGCUUACCACUCUUUAUACUUCUCCAGUGUUUCAUAUAUUUGGAGAAAUGUGGGUGAGCGCGGGUGAGCAAUUCGAAACUUCUUUGUUAGAUGCUAGUUCUGAGAGGUUUGCUCUUAAGGCUUUAAACUAUGAGAGCAGGUUGAGGAGCACUUUCCUCAGGAGUAUGUUUCAACACGUCUUGCAUGACGUCAAAGUAUAUGCAUUCAGGGAGCCGAAUCUUGUAGUGUUCUUCAGAUUACACCUGGACAGAAGAAAAGCAUCAGAGUUGCAAGGUAUCACGCAUCUGGCAAGAACAGUGCUUUUGCAAGAGAUCCAAAACGGUGAUGUGUUCCAAGAUCUCGUCAUCCCACCCGAAUCUAUAAUUUUUACAGAGCUUGCUUGCCCUGGAAGUUGCGUGACCACCACAACAUCACUUCCGGAAAGUAAUGUGACAGAGAACAUUACCUCACUUCCGGAUAUGUUAAGUAACUCUAGUGCCAAAGAGGAAGGAGAGACUUCUGUAGGGCUAGCCAAAGUGUUACCUUCUUCCCUUCUUCCGUCCGAGGGUGAGCAGAAUGAGAACUUCUUGGGAUAUCAACCCCAAAACGAUAGCGGCCUUUUACGCGAAGGGCUCGAUCUAGACAAAACUCGCAACGAUCUCUCAGAGUGUUCGGAAAGCGAUUUCCACUGUACUAACGACGAGUGCGUUCCUUCUCAAACACGUUGCGAUCGACGCCUGGACUGUACAGAUCAGUCAGACGAAAGAAACUGCAGUUGUACAGAGGCUCUCAGGGCCCUUCGACAAGAUAAGAAAAUAUGCGACGGUUUUUACGAUUGUUGGGACUACAGCGACGAGUUAUCGUGUCCUUGGUGCUCGGGCCCUAUUUUGUGCCCAGGAUCAAAAAAAUGCAUACAGAAAAGUGAAAUGUGUGAUGGUGUCCAGGAUUGCCCUUCUGGCUUCGAUGAGGUCUCGUGUAUGAAGCUAGCGAAGAGUGACGAUGAUGUGGAAAGCCAUAUUUAUUCAAAAGAGGGAUAUUUGAUGAUACAGAGACGAGGAGAGUGGAAAAAGUUGUGCUUGGACGAUAAUGACGUCAUCGAGAGGGGGAAAUUCGAUGUGGAGAGAUUGGGCAACACCAUCUGCUCGGCUCUCACUUACAAGAAUUUAGAGUCGAUAGUGGUCUUACCUUCCAAAUUUCGCGAGAAUCUCUACUACGAUUUGAUUCCACCCACGAAAAAGUCUUCCGUUAAUUUCCGUCCUUCCGGAUGUAAAGAUGGGAAAGUGGUCCGGAUCAAGUGCAGAAAUUUGGAAUGCGGGAUCAAAUCGGCAUCCGAAUCAUCCACUAAGAGAAUCGUAGGAGGAAACAGCGUGACUAGAGGCACCUGGCCUUGGCAGGCGGCCCUCUACAGAGAAGGCCAAUUUCAGUGUGGUGGGGUGCUCAUAUCAGAUUCGUGGCUCUUAUCUGCUGGCCAUUGUUUCUAUCAUACUCGAUCCUCUCACUGGAAGGCCCGCCUGGGUUUGCUCCGUAGAGGCAACGAAAUCCCAACCCCGUACGAAGAGGUGAGACGCGUAACAUACGCCGCUCUUCAUCCGGAAUACGUGGAUAAGGGCUUCAUCAAUGAUAUAGCGCUGUUGAAGCUCGACCAACCCACGUCUUUCAGUGAUCACAUACGUCCCAUAUGUCUACCCACACCUAGCGAACAUAUAUCAAAUUGGGAAGGAAAAACUUGCACGGUUAUAGGAUGGGGCAAACUGAUGGAAGAAGGACACGCCUUCCCGGACACACUUCAGGAAGUCGAACUUCCGGUCAUUUCGUCCGAAGAAUGUAGGAGGAGGACAGUUUUCCUGCCGAUCUACCAGAUAACCGAUAACAUGUUCUGCGCAGGAUACGAGAACGGAGGUCGCGACGCCUGUUUGGGUGAUUCUGGAGGGCCCAUGAUGUGUCAGAAGGCUGAUGGUCAUUGGGUUUUGAUGGGAAUCACCAGCAAUGGAGAUGGUUGUGCCAGAGCCGGUCGACCUGGUGUGUAUACCAAAGUAACCAAUUAUAUUAGCUGGAUUCGUUCUGUUCUGGCCAGUGAAGUAUUAGAAGAGAUAAAAACUAACUGCUCCAGUACGAGAUGUAGAUUGGGUCGCUGUCUUCCUCAGGAAAAUGUGUGUGAUGGUGUAUUUGACUGCUGGGACGGAGACGACGAAAGAGGAUGCUGAUCUUUCAAAGAAAUACUCAUUCGGAAUUAUAAUUGUUGCAUUUACACGGUCAUAAAACAUUGUUUGCACUCUAUCUUAAUUAUACAGUAAUUUAAUUACAGAUUUUAAUAAUUAAAUUAUAU